UUCACAGAAGAAAUGAUGGCGGAUUACGAGCAUAACAGAAGAGGGGGAACCGACGACGGAGGGCCGCAGGAGGAGGGGGACAGAGUGAAAACUAAGACUGUCUCUUGUAGCACUGUGGGAGGAGAGAGGGCCGCAGUCAAACGCAAAUCCGAGCAUCUCGUGCCCGAAGAGGAGGACGAGUCCUCAGAGGACCCGCCGGCGCCCCGCAAAGUCUCCAAGAUAGGCUUUAGCAUGAGCAGCCCGAUGGGGAAGAAGCCAAUCCCCAUAUCGAUCAAACUGGGAGCAACAAAACCCAAAGAGCCUGCACCGUCAGUUCCUCCAAAAAAGUCAGGGCUGGCAUCUGUUUUUGAUGAGGAUGAAGAUGAUAGUGAACCUGAGGAGAUGCCCCCAGAAGCAAAGAUGAGGAUGAAGAACAUUGGCAGGGAGACGCCAACCUCUGCGGGUCCUAAUUCCUUUAACAAGGGCAAGCAGGGUUUCUCUGAUCAUCAAAAACUUUGGGAAAGGAAGAUGAAGUCCCAAUCAGACAAAUAGUAAAUGACUACUGUGGUCUUUGUCCCGAAUGGAUUGUUUUGUAUACUUUAAUCCUUGACAGAUAUCUAUGAAGGCUCAAAUGAUUCUUCACUGUAACCUCUCCACUUUGAGGACAUGCAAUGAGGGAUCAUUUAAGUCUUCGAUACUCGGUGACUGAACUCAAGUUUACGUUUCUAACCACUACCUGCUGACGCAGAUGUACCAGUUUGCCAAACCUCUGAUGAGAGUUGCAGAGGGGGGAGGGGGCGGAGAUAUGGGACACAAAAAAUAUCCAGAAUGUUGAUUAAACUGUGUAGAAUAAUAUGGUUGUUUUCAACUGCAAAAAAAAUAAUCUAGCUUCUUAGAGUCCUCAUUCCCCUUUUGUGACAUGUUUGUUCCUGUCUGAUUAUAUUUUUAUUUUUAAAUCCACAAAUGGGAGUGUGUGUUUAAGAGUUAUGUUAUUGUGCGCGUGCGGUUUGGACUCGACGUACAGAUGGAUUGUUGUUUCCAUUAGUUUCUCAGCAUCAAUGUCCACCCCUUUGUUUCCACUAGCUGUGCUAUCUCACGGGCACUUUGUUUACUUUGAGCUUGGUGCCAGUGUUUCUAGUUUGGCUUACUCAAUGCUCUAUUUCAGUCUCCGUUACAGAACCUGGCAAAAAGAAACCUGUGUCUAAUUCUUUUGUUCAAAGUGAAAGGACUGCGAAUGUUUUUUUAGUUGAGAACUGUGUGAAGUCAUGUGGUUACUAGGGUGCUGGUAAGUCAUACUUUAGGGACAGUUCAUCCCAACAUAAAAAUAGAUAUAAAUUCUUCCACUUACCUGUAGUGCUAAUAAUCAAUCUAUUGUUUUGCUGCGAGUUGUCUUGUUUUGGAGAUGGUGGAAUUGUCUGCCUGCUAUUUCAUAUCACGUGACUGUGGCACUAGUGCCAAAAGAAUACAUUAAAAAAAUAAACUCGGCAGCAAUGUCUCUUUUCUGAGAUCAUGCCAUGGUUAUUCAAGAUAUUCCACAGACUUUUUUGUGAGGAAUAUUUCCAGGGUCAUGAUUUCCGGGAAGAGACAUUGCUGCUGAGUUUUUGAAAUCUGUCUCUGACCACCACAAGCGAAGUGCCACGUGGUCCCAUUUUGUUUUUCUUAAGAGGGCAGACAUCUUUACAGUCUAUCUCCUACACAACUUCCACCAAAGCAAUAUAGAUUGCUACAUAUUUUACAGGUUAAAAAAAAGGGAACUGUCCCUUUUUAAAAUGAUCUCUGGCAGGUUAGCAACAAUUAGGCUCUCACAAUGUUUCAUUGCCAUUUUACCAUCAUGAAACCCAAACUUCAGAAAUAUUACACAACUCCUUUUACUUUAGAUAAAUGUGGCUACUUCUCCGGAUCCUGACUUCGAACAUUUUCUUACAAUAAUAAACUCCUCCGUGGUUAUCAGACGGGUGUGCUUUCCCAAAUGAAUCUCAUUCAGUGCUAUAUAUGACCUGUUUCAUCAAACAAAUCUCUUCAUUACAUUUGAGUCAGUAAUAUUAAAGUUUGAAUGAUGA